AUGGAGGAUGAUUUGAGGUUAAAAUGUGGUUGGCCGUUCCCAAGAAAUCCUUCAAUUUUGUAUCGCAUAGGUUCCUAUGCCGUCAUGACAUUGGUUUUAUCUGGCUCCAAGCUUCUUUUUUCAUUCGGUUUGAAUCGUAUGACUGUUACUGACAAACAGAGAUUGCUGGAUGUACUCGGCAAUCGCUCAAGGCCUCUGAUCACUGUUGGAAAUCAUAGAACUACAAUGGAUGACCCGUUAAUUUGGUCGAUGUUUUCGUGGAAGGAGUUUUUCGCUAAUAUCUCUAGAUUUCGUUAUACAUUAGCGGCUCAUAAUAUAUGUUUUACCAAGGCUUUACAUACUCAUUUUUUUGCGUUAGGAAAAUGCGUUCCUAUCAUCCGAGGAGCAGGAGUACGACAAAAAGGAAUGGAAUUUUGCCUAGAAAAGCUGUCAAAAAACGCGUGGGUUCAUAUUUAUCCGGAAGGUAAAGUAACGCCUGAACCACUACGCAUCAAAUGGGGAGUUGCCAGAUUGGUAAUUAUGGAUUGUCCUAAACCACCAUUAGUACUGCCUAUCUGGGUUCAGCGUAUGGCUGACGUAUGGCCACCUUUUCCACCAUAUUAUCCACGUUUUAGAAAGCAAGUAACCGUCACUGUUGGGGAAGUUAUAGAUAUGAAAAAACAUUUGCCAUUGCUAAAUGGUAGUUCUGAGCUGGAGAGUCGUAAAGCCAUAGCAGAUUUUAUUCAGCAAAAGUUGUACGAUCUUGGCGAAAUUGUUCGCAAAGGGCAGAAUAAGUGA